CUAGUACGAGCGCAGAGAGAUAAACCCACUCCGAAAUCAUUAGGGGAGGGGGACAAAAACAGAAAAACCUUCGACAAGUCUAUGCUCAGCUUUGUUUCGAUUUCACCUCAGCAAUAAAGAGAGGGAGGCCAAACCAGGAUGAACGGCGAGUCAGGUGCCGGGGUGGUGACGGCUCCCCCUCCCACCACAGCCCCACACAAAGAGCGGUACUUCGAUCGGGUGGAUGAGAGCAGUCCAGAGUACCAGAGGGAGAGGAACAUGGCACCUGACCUGCGACAGGACUUCAACAUGAUGGAGCAGAAGAAGAGGGUCUCCAUGAUUUUACAGAGCCCGGCAUUUUGCGAAGAGCUGGAAACCAUGAUACAGGAUCAGCUGAAAAAGGGGAAGACGCCCACCAGCCUGUUGGCGCUGCAGCAAAUCGCAGACUUCAUGACCACCAGCAUGCCCUCCAUGUAUCCAGCUGCACCGCAAGGAGGCAUGGCAGCUCUCAACAUGAGUUUGGGGAUGGUAACUCCUGUCAAUGAUCUGCGAGGCUCAGACUCUAUUUCCUACGAAAAGGGCGAGAAGCUGCUCCGCUGCAAGCUGGCUGCAUUUUACCGACUCUCUGACUUGUUUGGCUGGUCUGAGCUUAUUUACAACCACCUCACAGUCAGAGUGAACUCAGACCAGGAGCGCUUCCUUAUCGUCCCCUUUGGUCUCCUUUACAGUGAAGUCACUGCCUCCAGUCUGGUGAAGAUAGACCUUCAAGGUGAGAUAGUGGACAGAGGCAGCACCAACCUGGGGGUCAACCAGGCCGGCUUCGUCCUCCACUCUGCCAUCUACUCUGCACGACCCGACAUCAAGUGUGUUGUACAUAUACACACAGCGGCUGGUGCUGCGGUGUCGGCCAUGAAAUGUGGGCUGUUACCCAUCUCACCUGAGGCACUGUCCCUGGGUGAGGUGAGCUAUCAUGACUACCACGGCAUUCUGGUGGAUGAGGAGGAGAAAGUUCUUAUACAGAAGAAUCUCGGGCCUACAAGCAAGGUUCUAAUCCUGAGGAACCAUGGCUUGGUGACUGUAGGAGAAACAGUGGAGGAGGCUUUUUAUUACACUCACAACCUGGUGACUGCCUGUGAGAUCCAGGUGCGAACACUGGCUAGCGCUGGAGGGCCAGACAAUCUGGUGAUGCUGGACCCUGCAAAGUAUAAAUCUCGACCACGGGUCCCUGAACCCGCUGGUGAUGGGUCCUCAGCACAUCCCAAGUGGCAAAUUGGGGAGCAGGAGUUUGAGGCCCUCAUGAGGAUGCUUGACAACUUGGGCUACAGGACGGGCUAUCCUUACCGCUGCCCGGCCCUGCGAGACAAAGGUAAAAAGUACAGUGACGUGGAGCUCGCCUCCUCCGCCCACGGUGGUUACACGUACGGCGAGGACAGUGACUCAGGCGCUCGCUCCCCACUGAAACACAGCUUCCAGCGCGGCCAGCGCGACAAGACCCGCUGGCUCAAUGCCGGCGGCCGGCCCGACGAGCCCUACGAGGACGGGCCCGACAGCACCAGCCCCAAGUCGAAGCCUAAGGUGUGGACGAACAUAACACACGAUCACGUCAAACCCUUGCUGCAGUCUCUCUCGUCCGGUGUCUGCGUGCCAAGCUGUAUAACCAACUGCUUGUGGACAAAGGAAGAUGGGCUCCGACAGGCUGCAGCAGCCAAUCAGUUCAUCCCGUUGAACACCGACCCAAAGGAAGUCCUGGAAAUGAGGAAUAAGAUCCGGGAGCAGAACCUGCAGGACAUAAAGACAGCAGGGCCCCAGUCGCAGGUUCUUUGUGUCGGCACUGUGGUGGAACGGACCUAUAACCAGGGCGAGCUUGUGACUGCAUCCAAGGCCAUCAUUGAGAAGGAGUACCAACCCAAGGUUAUUGUGAGCAAGACGGGUCCCAACCCCUUCAACAAGCUCACUGACCAGGAGCUGGAGGAAUACCGCCGGGAGGUGGAGCAGAAACAGAAAGGAGGCGAAGUGAAAAAACAAGAUGGUUGUAAAACAGGAUCAGCCUCCGCCUCCAGCGUUCCCCCAUCAGAGCCAGAAACAGUUCAGACCUCUGUUUCCACACCUCGACAUUCAUCCAACUCUGAAAAUGCCCAGACUCCAGCUCCCACUUCAGCCUCUGAUGAGAGGCGUUCUUCUCAAAGUCCAGCUGGAGGUCCUGAGCCAUCUCAUGGGGUUGCAGUAGCUGCAGAGAUGGAUGCAGAUGAUGUUUUUUCACCUGCAGAUGAGGUGUUUUUAGCUCCAGGUGUGCUGGCCCUCUGCAAGAAGCCAUCAGAUGUAAAAGCAUCUGAAGAAGUUCGGGCUCCAGAUCCAGAGCAAGUUGAGUGUUUGGAGGAGCCCAAAGACCCUAAACCCACAUCAACACCACCGAGCACCCCGGUCAGAGCAGAGGAAGAGUCUGUGCCAGAACAAACCUUUAAGGAUGAGAGCGACCCGGCCACCCUGAGACAGACCCUCCCAGAUUUAACCCCCGAUGACCCCUCCGAUGCUCCGGCGCUUCCCGCCGAAGACUCUGCCGCUCCCGCCCCUGCCACCACCGAAGCAGCUGAGGGGGAGGAGCCCGGCGACCAGGACGGCGACGAGUCUCCCAGCAAAUCUCCCUCCAAAAAGAAAAAGAAGUUCCGCACUCCUUCCUUCCUAAAGAAAAACAAAAAAAAGUCUGAGUCGUAAAAUAGAAGAAUGUCGUAUCGGUCCCACAGGCUGCUUUUUCUUUUUGUUUUUUUGUCCUGGCACUCUUCAAGCAAGCCACACCUAACACACAUUUAUGCUUUCUGUUAUUUUGAUAUUGUUUGCUGCAGGCUUAUUAACCUAUUUCUCAUUAGUUUGUGCCAAUUUUUUAUACAGUGUAAAAACAAUUGCUUCAAGGUUUUUAACUAUUACAGGCUUUUAGCUGUGAGUGAUGCAGUCUGUCUGGCCUUUUAUGCAUGUCUUUUACUAAAGAUCCACAUGUGGGGAUUUGGGGUUUUAUCCCUCUUUUAUUUUUUAAUUAACCAUUGUAACAACUAGAAUGUAAAGGAUUGUAUCUAAACUUGUCAAAAGUGUCUUUUAAAAACUGUCGCAGCAGAAGAAAAGCUUGUAUCUAGCUGGUAGUACAUUCUGACAGUAAUACUGUAUCUACAAAUUGCAUAGUACUUAUUUUUCUCCCCAAUAAAGCUGUUUACUCGUGAAAUUACACGUCAGCAGGACGGAUCUGAAUGCUCUACUUUGGGUUUGAGACGAGAGGAAAAUAAUCAUCUGACUGCUCCCAGUUAAAUAAUUCAAAACAUUUAACAUCUAAUGUUUGACUUCUUAUUUUUAAUGCCAUUUGUUUUCCUUGGUCACACAUGAACUGUUUUGUCAUUAUUUCACAAACCACAAUUACUACAAGUAUUGUUUUUUUCCCCUGCAUUUUGGCAAACUUACAGAAGGUUUUAUGAUAAACCAUGUAGUUCACAAAGAAUUACUCAUGCUUGGUUUUGUAGCUUGUAGCUUCAUACAACAAGUUUGCUUCUGGCUUUACGUCUCAAGUAUGAUGGAAUGUGUGUUUUUGUGUUUUUUCAUUAAUUGAAUUGAGCUUUAUUUUGUGUUUUAAUCUUUGUUUCACUUGGUCAAUGUGAAAAUACUGGCAGCACUGCUUUAGUUUUUAAUUGUGUAAAGUACAAAUUGAAGACCACUUAUUGCUUUUUAAAAAAAAAAAAAACAGUCGAUCACCUGAAAUUGAUCAAAUGAUCGGUUUUAUUAAAAAAAAAAAACUUCCAACCCCGAUUUUACUGAGUAAAAUAAGAAUUGAAUGUUUACUUUAACGGCAAUAAACAGUGCAGUGUUUUACGUUUUAGUUGCUGUUCUUGAAACAUUUAAAACUAGUUGGGAGUGAUAGGUUAUCCAUCCUUUUUUAAUGAAAAAAGAGAAUGGAAUCUAAUGUGAAACGUUUCAAUAAGUCUGCUCCCGCUUGCAGCAGGUGGUCGACUCGCAGUGCUUCAUAUGAGCUGAAAACUUGUGAAAGAUUGUGUACAAAAAGCUUGGUGUGCAUUCUUUAACUCCCCUAUUAAAUAAUAUUGCUUUAACUUUAAUAUAUAUCUCAGUAGGCCUUUAAAUCACUUUUGUUUUUGUUUGUUUUUUCUCCUUUAGCUAACCACUACACUAUUUGUCAUCUGUUUUAACUACUUCCAAUUUUAAUGUUUCAUAAUUAUUUCAUCUACAGACUUAAUUUAUCACCUUUUUCAUUUGUUCUACAACCAUGAAUAAAAAAAACUACCCUGAAAAA